CAGAAAUAUACUUCAACAUCAACAUCAACAACAAAUUCUCAUUCUAUCAAAAUCCUAACAAAACUCAUUCUCAUUUCUAUACAAGUUCAAGUGAGCAAGAAAUGGCCAAUGUUUUUCUACACAAUCUUAACACAUGGAAAAUCACACUUUGCCUCUUCCUCCUAACCACAACCUGUUUGGUUGCGAACUCCGCAAGAAUCCUAGAUGAACUUGACUCUCAACCACAAGCUAUAGGCAAUCUACCAGGACCUGGUGUUGGUGCUGCCGCUGCCAUUCCUUCUGCUACAACCAUACCUCAAGUAAGCCCUAUUACCACUUCGCCAAGUGGCGUAACACCUGCAGCUACAAACACUGUGACACCGGUAUCCGGUGAAGUAGAUCCCAAUGUAGACCCUUCUGAAAAUGAACUGGCACCAGCUGAGGAUAUCGCACCAGUUGGAAGCCCGGCCACAGACGAAACACCAGACGCUGAGGCGCCACUCCCGGUGGUGACAGCCAAGCCUGUGGCGAAAGAGCCGUCGUUGUCUUUCUUCAUGCAUGAUAUCCUCGGUGGAUCACAUCCAUCGGCGCGAGUGGUAGCAGGAAUUGUAGCAAACACUGAUGUAACCGGCUUACCGUUCUCCAAGCUCAACAACAAUCUCUUCCCGAUUACCGGAGGAAUUCCACUAGUUAACCCGAAACUCAACGGCAUUGUCACGAGCAACAAUCUACCUAACCUCGUAGGCCUCAACGCGGCACAAUCUUCAACUGUAUUCAAAAACAGUGGCACUAGCAACACUGUCUCCGGCGGGAACAACCAGCCGUUUGUUUCCGCGGGAAAUCUACCCGGCGGGUUCACAAUUCAGAAGCUCAUGUUUGGUUCUGCCACGGUGAUUGAUGACCAGUUAACAGAAGAGCAUGAACUUGAUUCUUCUGUGAUUGGAAGAGCGCAAGGCUUUUACUUGGCAAGUUCGCUGGACGGUACUAGUAAGACGAUUGUGCUUACGGUUUUGGUGCAUGGUGAGGAGCAUCAUGAUGGAGUUGAUGACACUAUAAGCCUGUUUGGGAUUCAUAGGACGGCGUCGUUGGAAUCUGAGGUAGCGGUGAUCGGUGGGACUGGGAAGUUUGAGAAUGCUAGAGGAUAUGCAGCAGUUGAGACACUUCUGAAGGAGGAUCAACAUACCACAGAUGGAGCUGACACCAUUCUGCAUUUCAAUAUCUAUCUCACUGAGUAGUGAUCAUUGCCUCUGAUUCGGCUUUCGUGUUUGAUGUUUGAUUUGUGUUUGCUUAAAAUUGUGAAUCCUUUAAAGUUAUAUGCUGUGAGAAUUUUCUGUUAAUAGAAUGUUGCAAAGUCCAAAUUUCCCUAUCUUU